AUCGAGGGACCAACCAACUAAAUGACUCUAUGCGCCUUUGUCUGAGUUCCUGCGAUAUGGAAUCUCGUCCUGCUGAUUCAGCGACCAACUGAAUGUCACGCAACCAGUGUUUGUAAUCAGAAAUGGAAAACGUUUAUUACCGCUUUAAAAAGAGAAUGGUUUAUCCCGAAAACUUAACUCUAGACCAAAUGGCUCGCAAGGUAUCAGUAAAAUCGUCCUCAUGGUGCAGCGGACCCCUAGAGCAAAUGUCUAAUAAUGUUAAUGUGUGUGAAACAAACAAAUGUUUUGAAGAACAGAGUGCAUGCGUCGACAGAAAAUUGGAAUCCACGAAUCCGGUCGCCUCGGACAAUAACCAUUUCAUACAGGACAGAAUUCGACAUUUGGUGGAUGCCUUCUCCACUAGAGCCCAUGCGGCCAGACAGCGCUUGGAAGGGCUCGAAACGCCUUCCACCCUAAGUUCCACUGAAACAGAUGAGACACAGAGUCCUGAGAUUUCCAAAAAACCGAGACUCAGUAUCUCAUUUUCUGACAAAUACAUCGAAGAAUUAUCAACAUCCGAUAAAGGCGACAGAACAGGAUGUUUCUGGAAAUUUCUUUACCGUACGGAGAUUAUAGAUCCCAACGGAAAAAUGUACAUCACUUGGAUGUGUGUUGUCACAAUGGCCGUGUUGUACAAUAUAUGGGUAAUACCAUUAAGAAGUACGUUUCCGUAUCAAACAUCCAAAAAUCGACUUUGGUGGAUGGCUUUCGAUUACGUCGCGGAUAUAAUUUACAUUCUUGAUAUCAUUAUUGUCCAGCCCCGAAUUAAGUAUCUAAACGAAGGCUUUUGGGUCAGCGACGCCAAAUUGCUCAGACAAAACUAUGUAAAGAACAAACACUUUAAGCUUGAUCUUGUGUCCCUCCUACCUCUGGAUAUUUUCUAUGUGUUCUACGGGCCAGACUUUGCUAUACUCCGUUUCCCCAGAUUCUUCAAGCUCCACACUUUCUGGGAGUUCUUCAGUUUAGUGGACAGACAACUUUCCAAUCCAUAUAUCAUCCGGAUUACGAAAACCCUAGUGUACAUGAUGUAUUUGAUCCACCUCAACGCGUGCGCUUAUUAUGCGUUCUCCAAAUGGGAAGGAAUCGGCAGCAAUAGUUUCGUCUAUAACGGGCAAGGCAACGCCUACAUAAAGUGCUUCUAUUUCGCCACCAAAACGGCGACGUCUAUCGGCAAAAAUCCGAAACCGUCUCAGGAAACGGAGUACAUUUUUAUGACUUUCUCAUGGCUGAUGGGCGUGUUCGUGUUCGCUCUCCUUAUUGGCCAAAUCCGAGAUAUUAUUUCGACGGCUACUAGACUGAAAACGGAGUACAGGAAAUUGAUGGACGAGACAUUGGAGUACAUGAGGAGACUGAAUUUGCCCCAGGACAUGCAAAGGAGGGUACAGUUAUGGUUUAACUACACGUGGGAAACACAGCACACUUUAGACGAAAAUCGUAUUAUGGACUGGCUACCACACAAAAUGAAAACCGAUAUCGCCAUAAACGUGCACAUCAAUACUUUGAAUAAGGUAAAACUGUUCGCCGACUGUGACGAAGCGCUCCGCAGAGAACUGGUACUGGAACUUAAAUCGGUUAUCUACUUACCAGGCGACGUUAUCUGUAAAAAGGGCGACAUUGGUACUGAAAUGUAUAUCAUCCAGUCCGGUCAAGUUGAGGUCGUCGGACGCAACAAGAACGACGUUUUGGCGACGCUGUCCGAGGGUAGUGUGUUCGGGGAAAUCAGUUUGCUCGGUAUACCGGGCAUGAAUCGGCGCACUGCCGACGUAAGAUCGAAAGGUUUUUCGAAUUUGUUCGUGCUGGAUAAGGCGUCACUGAAUCAAGCCUUGUCGCAUUAUCCGGAAGCUCAAGAAUUGCUCAACAAGAAAGCGAAAUUGCUCAUGAAGAAGAAUGCCGCUUUAGAAAGAAAGCACAAUGCGAUGAUAGUCAUAAAUAAUCCCAGUCCGCCUGGCAAACAGGCCAGACUUCUGGAUACUGUGCUCCAAGUUGUCGCACCAGAUUCUAAGACGAAUAAACUACUACGAUAUGGAAGUAGACAAGCGCCGCGCAGAAAACCCGAAAAUGACAAGUUUAAAUAUCGCAACAGCCUUCCGGCUAUAAAAAGUUGCGAAGAUUGCGCAAGCUCUGACACACAGAUCGAGGAGGACAGCACUGGGGAGUUAAAUGACAAACGCAAGAAUGACGAGGAAGCCAAAGUCACCGUUCAUAGAACGAUGAGUUAGAGAAAGUUACGUUUGAACUGUAACAUGAGUGAACGUGUGAUAUAUUGAGAAGUGCAUUAGAACAUUAUUAUAGCAAUUAUAUUUAUGCACAGAAAUAAAUCUUUU